AUAUAAAAAUACAGGAUGGUUAAUGUUUCCAACACCACUAACCCCUCAUUUGAAGAGAAGUGAGUUCACCAGUGUAUACCCACCUAGUGAGGACACAUUCCUUCUCCUAGACUGUUUGGAAGAGUUCUACACAGCAGGAGAUAACAACCACCCUCUCAUUUCUCUUGAGAUAGGUUCAGGUUCUGGUGUUAUAUCCACAUUUGUUCAGGGAAUCUGCCCUGAAACUUACUGUAUAGCUGUUGAUAUCAACAAGCAAGCCGCUGAAGCUAGCAAAGAAACCUCACUUGUAAACAAGAAAGAAGUAGAAGUAGUGUGCAGUGAUCUCGGAGCAGGAUUAUCAGGAUUGUUUGGGAAAGUAGAUCUGCUGAUCUUCAACCCUCCGUACGUUCCUACUGAAUCAGAAGAGGUUUCUAGUUCCGGUAUUGAGGCAUCUUGGGCUGGUGGUAUCGACGGUAGAGAGGUUAUUGACAAGUUUCUACCUACUGCGGCCAAGUUUUUAUCACCAACUGGAAUCUUUUUCUUGUUGGGAAUCCGCCAGAAUCGACCAGGGGAAAUCUGUGAAAUAUCAAAAUCGUUUCAGCUGUCUGGUUCUAUUGUUGGAGAGAGAAAAGCUGGUAUUGAAAAGUUGUGGGUGAUCAAGUUUGUCAAAAGUAGCAAUGAAUGAGAUCAGAGGUGGCAGAGGGGGAAGAGGUGGAAGAGGUGGAAGAGGUGGCAGAGGCGGGAGAGGUGGCAGAGGUGGCAGAGGUGGAGGAAGAGGUGGGCACUCCUUCAAACGGACGAAUAAGUUGCUGAACAAGCAUGGUAAAGCUUACCGUGGACAAGAUCUCAAAAGUGACAAGAAACGAAAACGUGAAGAUCAAUUUGCACCAGAUGAAAAUACUCAAAAUACGAAAGAAGAUCAGCCCGUUAUCAAUCAACAAGACCAUUACUCAGAACUGAUAGGAUCGCUGAAGAAACGACCGAGGGCAUAUUUUGAAGAGUUAUUAGGUGGGAGUUCAGAGGGAGAGGAGAGUGAUAAAGAGGGUGAGGAUGAGGGUGAGGGUGAGGGUGAAGAGGGAGAGUCAGAAAGUGGGGCUAGUAAUGAUUCUGAUGAGCAGAAUGAGGAUGAAAGUGAUGAUGAAUCAGAGUCAGAUGAAGCUGAGAGUCCAAGUGAUUAUCUCAAGUUAAACUUUGGAUCUGAUGUUGCAUUAAAAUACACAAAAGAUGUGUCCAUGACGAAUGUUCCUCAUACUCUCUACAGAGUUCAGAAGUCGACUAAUAUUUCGGGCAAUAUUUCAGAAAUGAAAACCCCAGCUGAUUUAUCGAACUUGGGAUUAGAUCCCGCCUUAGUGAAACAAUGGACGAGCACAACCAAACAGAUCCAUACUAAAGGUGUUAUGAAGCCGGUAUCCGCUGCAAUAUUCCCUUAUAUAGCAACCGGACAAGAUUUUUUAUUCACUGACAGUACGUUUGAGAAUCAAGCUGAGCUUCUCAAGUUACUAGCAUUACAUACUGUUAAUCAUGCUUUGCAGACUAGGAAAACUGUUUUGAAAAACAACGCUAAAUUGAGGAGCGACCCAGAUGGGUUAGUGGAUGCAAUGAAGGAUCAAGGAUUUACCAGACCGAAGAUAUUGCUGCUGUUUCCUUUCAGAAAUGUGGCACAUAAAUUUAUUCAUCAGGUCCUGAAGAUAGCCUUGACUGGCUCUAAAAAGCAGGUCAGCAAUAAGAAGAGGUUUGAAGAGGAGUAUGGGCCUGGAGAUACCGAGAAACCAAAUCUCUCAAAAGCUCUCUCUUAUCAGAAGACUUUCCUUGGUAACAACGAUGAUUUCUUCACUCUGGGAGUUGCUUUCGCUAAGAACAGUGUCAAGCUAUACACAGAUUUCUACAAUUCUGAUUUGAUUGUGGCAUCUCCUCUCGGGUUACGGAGUGUUGUGGGGGCUCCAGGCGAUAAAGAACGUGAUUUUGAUUUUCUGUCCUCCAUCGAAGUUCUGACUCUGUUCAUGUCAGACGUGUUUCUAAUGCAGAACUGGGAGCACCUUCUCCUUUGUCUAGAACAUCUUAAUCUGCAGCCUUCUUCACCUAAAUAUACUGACUUUUCUAGGGUAAAACAUUGGGCACUGGAAGGACACGGCAAGAACUUCCGACAGAACUUAGUUUUCAGUUCCCUGAGCUCUGCACAGGUGUCCGCUCUGUUCGGGAAAGAGUGCGUCAGUCACAGGGGUCUGGUGAAGGUAUCUUCUCAUUCCAGCAAGGAUGUUCUCAGUCAGGUCCUCUAUCCAGUCAGGCAAGUUUUCUCCCGGAUGAGGGAGAGGAAGGACGGGGAGGGUUUAGUAGAUUAUCUCACAACCGGGAGAUACGAUUACUUUGUAGAUAACAUUCUCCCUCGUCUGAGAAGCAGUGAUAUGACUAGCAUCGUCAUCGUCAUUCCUUCCUACUACGAUUAUGUCAGAAUAAGGAAUUACUUCAAGAAGGAGAACUUGAAGUUCUCCCAGUUAUCUGAGAACUCAACAAACAAACAGAUAACAAAUAUACGAAGGGAUUUCGCGGAGGGAAACGUUAAAUAUCUCCUCACAACUGAACGAUUCUUCUUCUUUAAAAGAUACAAGCUGAGAAAGGUUGAACAAGUUGUAUUCUACGAGUGCCCAGUUUAUGCGGAGUGUUACACACACUACUUGAACAUGCUGACUGAAGAGGGGGCUCUUUCUACUCUUCUUUAUAACAAAUUGGACGGUGAGAAGCUGGUAAGAGUAGUAGGGGAUGAACAGUGCAAACAGCUCAUCAACUCUCAGCAGUCUACCCACGUGUUAAUGUCAGAGUAGAGUGUGUGUGUCUCACUCUCACUACUAGAGAGUGUGUCUCACUCUCACUACUAGAGAGAUGGGAGCUUUAUGUUUAUCAGAACUUUCUAGAACUAGCCAGAAUUUUCUAGAAUAUUAUUUGAUAGGUACCGGAAUUUUCUUGAUUUUUUAGGAUUUUCCUUGAUUUUUAGAUACAGUUGCGGUAUUUUUUCAAUUCAACAUCAGUGUAAUGACUAUCCGUAACACUAAUUUUAUUGGGGAUGGUUUCUAAUGUUUUUAUCUCUUUUAACUUAUUAA